AUGGGAGUAACAGGCACGGGAAAAUCUCGUCUCUCUGAUGACCUUGCCACCCAUUUUCGAGGAGAAAUAAUCAACUCGGACAAAAUGCAAGUAUUUAAGGGACUUGAAAUCGUGACCAACAAGAUCACACACGGUGAGAAACAAGGUGUACGACACUAUUUGCUAGGUGAAAUUGAGCCAGAUUCCAACUUCACGGGCGAAGAUUUCUGUGUGAAGUACAUUGUCUACAUAGAAAAUUGUUUGAAGACUCAAUGUGUUCCAAUUAUUGUUGGAGGGUCAAAUUCGUAUAUUGAAAAAUUUAUGGAUGACCCUGUGUUCAUGUUCAAAUACAAGUAUAACAGUUGCUUUAUUUGGAUUGAUGUAGAGCAAUCAGUCUUGAACCGUGAGUUGACACGAGGGUUGAUGAAAUGGUCAAUGCAGAUUCAACGAUUAAUAAAUGAGAAAAUGUGGCCGGUGCAUCAUAUUAUUGCUAAUGACGUUUUCGAAGAAGAUGGAAAAGAAGCUGUUGACGAAGCAUGGAGGAAUACUGUUUUGCAACCAUGCCUAGAUAUUGUUAAAAGAUUUCUCAAAAAUGAUGAUCACAAUAUUAGUAUUGAGUGUACAUAA